UCAUCAAGAGUAGAUGGGUGCCUUUUGCGAAUAAGAAGCUUCUUAUAUAUAAUAAUUGUAACUGAAGUGCUACAUAUAUAUAUACUUUGAUUAUCAACCAUCGAAGGUGUGCGCAAUAAGCGUCUUUAUCCAGUAAUCAUGUCAUGUCGCUUAUCAGAAGAUAAAAAGGAAAGCAGGCGAAUAAACAAAGAGAUUGAGAAAAUUAUCAAAGCAGACAGAAAGAAAAUGAACUAUGUUAUUAAUCUCUUAUUGCUGGGUACGGCUGGAUCGGGCAAAACAACAUUUCUCAAUCAAAUGCGCAUUAUAAAUAAAGAUGAGUUUUCGAACGAAGAGAAGGUUAGCUACACUAAGAAUGUGUACCGAAACAUAUUCAUGGCUAUGCAGUCAAUGAUCAAGGCUAUGGAAGAACUUGAAAUAUCCUAUAGUGAUGUUGAAAAUAUUGGUCGCGCUGAGCUCGUUUCGUUAAUUGAUUGUGACACAAUUGAAACCUUGAAAGAUCCCUUUUUGAGUGUCAUUAAAUGUCUUUGGAAUGAUGUUGGCAUACAGGAGUGUUACAGUCGUCGAAACGAAUAUUAUUUAAUAGAUUCUGCAGAAUAGUUCCUUUCUCUGUGAAAUAGAACGAAUUGAAAAGCCCGAUUAUAUACCGAGUGAACAGGAUAUUUUGCGAGUACGUUCACCGACAACUGGAAUUAC